AUGCGAUGCAAAUUUCUUUUAGCAAUUUUACUAGCUUCUCAAUCUAUGGCUACUGCUAUUAAUAGGCCUUCCAAAAUGGAAGGUGAUGUCGCUAAAUGUUCAACACCAACACAAUGCACCACCAAGAGUAGUACUUCGUGUACCACAGGUUACUACAUUAGCAUUGUCACUAGGUCCACGACCCUUUGCGAGAAAAACAAAGAGCAGGCACAAUGUAAAACCGAAAGAACUACUACUAUUUGCAGCCGAUGUGUUACUUCUACAAUAUAUAGUCGCUCAACUGUUAAACCAUAUACUACAGCUUGUACAACUGCAACUUUUGUAAUAUCAUGUUCUGAAAUUUGCCCACCACCACCAUCGUCUUCUUCUCUUCCACCACCGCCACCACCAUUCUCUUCAUCUGUAACCCCACCACCAUUCUCUUCAUCUGUACCUCCACCACCUCCAUCUUCAUCUGAAGUUCCACCACCACCAUCGUCUUCUUCUGUUCCACCACCACCACCAUUCUCUUCUUCUGUUACACCACCACCACCUCCAUCUUCAUCUGAAGUUCUACCACCACCACCUCCAUCUUCAUCUGAAGUUCUACCACCACCAUCGUCUUCUUCUGUUCCACCACCACCACCUCCAUCUUCAUCUGAAGUUCUACCACCACCAUCUCUAUCUUCUGUGACUCCUCCUGCUCCAAUCACCAAGACUACAACUACCGUCAUCACCACGACAGAAAUUACCACUAAAUGUGAACCAGAUAAACCAUGUACACCAAUAGUCACCACACGUACAUUGACCAACAUUGAAACCUUAACAAUUACUGACACUGAAUGUACUACUAACCCACCAUACACAACUACUGUAGUUACUGAAUCUUCCACCAAGACCAAAAUCAUUUCUGAAUGUAUUACUACUGAAUGUAUCGAUGACCAUUGUGACCGUCAAACUACAUACGUCACCACUAUUACUUCAGUUGUCCCACCACCACAAGUUGAAACAAAAGAGUAUGAAACUAUUACAUACACCACUACUAAAGGUAACGAAAUCAGUACCAUCACCACCACAUUUAGUAAAGAUGUUCAUCUUCCACCCUUUGAAACAAAAGACCAUGAAACCACUACUUACUUAUCUACUAGAGGUAAUGAAGUUGUUACCAUUGGCACAACUGCUCCAACUAAACCAACCAAGAAAACUGAAGCUUCAACUGUAGCUCCCGCUCCAACUGAACCAACAAAAGAUAACCAUACCACUAUCGUUGAACAAGAUAAACCGCACUCGUCUUCUGUAGCUAUUGCUAAUGAACCAUCCCAUACUGUUUCUGAAUUCGAAGGAUCCGCUCAUAUUAAGAGUGUCUCCUUUUUUGUCACUUUAUUAGGCCUGCUUCCAUUCAUGAUUUAG